AUUCCGACUUCCGAACAUUCCGAAUGGUUCGAAUUAACCACUAUUCCACUAACCCAUCAAGAAGUUCCCCUAAUUAUAAAAACCUGCUUACAUACAGACAGAGGGUCAUGUGAAAUGUGAAUGGUUUUACUCUUUCAUAAUUCAUACCAACUGCAAACACCCGACAGAACAACAAACAAGAACAAACUAAAGAUUGGUGAAAUUUACUAUAGGAAUGGCAGGGGAAAGGACAGAUUUAAGGGUAUCUGAGGCUGUUUACUUGGAAGAAUUAUCAAGGACUCCGCAGAAGAAGAUUGAUGUCUCAGUAGAGAAGAGAAAGUCCUUAAAAGUUCGCUAUUACUACGGAAUUAUCUUCUUGACCACCAAUUUCGUUGCGUGGCUUGUUCGUGAUUAUAUUCAAAGGGUUAUACCAGAAAAUCAUUUUCUUAGAACUUGUGGAGUUGGAGGUCAUGACUGCAUUCAAACCAUUGGAGUUCUUCGGAUCAGCUUUGGAUGCUUCAUAUUUUUCUUUUUGAUGUUUCUUACAACACUGAAUACAAACAAGCUACAAGAAGUUCGUAAUGCUUGGCAUUCUGGUUGGUGGCUAAUAAAAUGUGUCCUGUUAGUUAUAUCAAUGACGUCUCCUUUCUUCCUCCAUUCAGAAUACGUACACUUUUAUGGUGAGUUUGCCCGUAUAGGUGCAGGGGUUUUUCUUGCUCUCCAACUUAUUAGCGUGAUUCAAUUUAUAGCAUGGUGGAAUAACUACUGGAUGCCUGAUGUGAAAAGAAAGCAAAGCUGCUCCCUUGGAUUGUUUAUGUCAACAGUUUUUUAUGUAGCUUCUAUAUGUGGGGUUGUUGCUUUAUAUAUCUUGUAUGUCCCAAGAUCUUCCUGCACUCUCAACAUAUUUUUUAUCACAUGGACGGCAGUUUUGCUUAUUGUAAUGAUGCUUAUAACAUUACAUUCGAAGGUAAACAGAGGUCUUUUAUCUUCAGGAAUCAUGGCUGCUUAUGUUGUUUUUCUAUGUUGGUCUGCUAUCCGGAGUGAGCCUGCUGGGGACAAGUGCAGUCCACAGAAGCAAGUGACUGGACAUCACGACUGGAUCACCGUAUUUAGCUUCUUCAUUGGAAUUUGUGCAAUAGUGAUGGCAACGUUCUCGACGGGGAUUGAUUCCGAGUCAUUCCAGUUUCGCAAAGAUGAGGUUGAAGAAGAGGAUGAUAUUCCAUAUAAGUAUGGAUUCUUUCAUCUGGUGUUUUCCUUAGGAGCCAUGUAUUUUGCAAUGUUAUUCAUAAAUUGGGACCUCAACAGCUCUACGAGAACAUGGAGUAUCGAUGUUGGAUGGGCAAGCACAUGGGUGAAGAUUAUCAAUGAGUGGUUUGCAGCCACCAUAUACAUGUGGAAGUUAAUAUCACCUGUUGUAAGACAAGCCAAGAUCGUGGAUGAAGGAGCUAUACAGCCAGAUCAGAGUUGCUGACAGAUUCACCUUAGUUUCUAAGUUCGGAAAGACUAUACGUUAUGAGCUCAUGAAAGUUAAGAGUAACACGAGUUAUUAGUAACACGAGUGCCAGUAGAUACGCAAUAUGCAAUUGAAGAGUACUGUAAAAGAAGUGCAAUAUGUAUCCAUUCUUUGUUCUUUUUCUUUUCUCAGUCCGUUAUUCAUCGGCUUGGAGAAAACCAUACUUUUCUCAUGAUAUUGUAUGAUCCAAAUUAUUGCUAUUAAAUGAAAUGGAGAUUACAUCAAGUUAUGCCUA